GCAUCCAUGACAGACAACACAAGACAGAGAAACUAGUACUAUAUGGGAUAGACAAAGAAAAGAAGAAAACUUCACCCAUUUCUCUACACAAUAUACAUUUUUUCUUCAGAUAAGCAAGAAAAAAUAUAGGUAGUAAAUCUUGAAAUAUAUACAUACAUGCACCGUGUAUGUAACAAGUGCUCUUUUGUAUUUUCUUUUUGAUUUUCUUGUUUUUAAAGCUGGAGGGAGGAAUUGAUUUUGUGGGUUUGAUUAUUAGAUGAAGGGGAUGCCCUUACCCUUUGAAUUUGAGGGGACGGGGGUGGAUUUAGAGCUUGCUUUCAAUAAUAGUAAUAUUAGGGAUAAUUCAUCUUGGUGGGGUAGCAAUAAUUUGAACGGUAAUUGUGUUUUGAAUAGCUCUGGUGAGCCUACAUCUGUACUUGAUAUUGCAAGGAGUCCCAGCAGUGCUAUAUCUUCUUCAACCCUGUCUUCAUCUUUAGGAAACGGCGGCGGCGGCGGCAUAGCUGGUGGUGGGGCUUCUUCCACUGACACGGCCGGGGUGGCGGCGGUUUCAGGUAACAACCAGAAAAGCCCAUCCUUGAAAAGGCAGCAAGACUCCACUACUGCCACCAGCUCUAACGCGGGAGUUGUUUCUCAGUUACUGCCUGUUCAUCCAUCUCUCGAGAUUGGGACUGUGGCCACCGCCGCCUCCGGAAGCACCGCCGGAAAAUGUGCAAUGGACGAGUGGGAGAGCGUGCUGUCGGAGUCUGCGGUGGCCUCGCCAAGCCAUGAGCAGUCCAUUCUGCGGUUGAUCAUGGGGGAUGUGGAUGACCCGGAAAUGGGCAGCCUGAACAAGGUUCUUCAAAUUGGGACUGCCCCGCCGCCGCCCACGGUGGAGUUUGAGUUCAACGGUGGUUUUGGGGUGGUGGAUCAAGCCUUUGGUACGGACCCAGUUGCUCAGUUUGGUUCAAAUUUUAUGCACAACUCUAGUUCUCCCAGCAAGAGUUCCAACAAUGAAAAGAUUGUAUCUGGCAAUCUUGGACCCAUUACAACUACAUUUGAUUCUACAGAAAUGAAGGCUCCAAUUUUCACCGCACAGACGCUGAUGAACCAGCACCAAACUCAAUAUCCACAAAACCAAACUUUUUUCUUUCCAUCUUCAUAUGCAAACCAGCAUGAACAGAAUCUUUUCAUGCCACCCCAGGCAAAAAGACACAACCCGGGGACUGCAAGAGAAGAACUCGAGCCAGGUAGUCAAAUACCGAAAGGGCCGUUUUCAGUUCCUGGGAAAGAGCCGUUGAUGGGAAAACAAGUCCAGCAUCAGCAACCAAUGUCUUAUCAGCGUCAGUUACUUCUGCAGCAAAGGCCACCCAGAGCAAUGGGGCCAGGACCAAAGACAAAGAUGUGUGAGGAUGAUUUAGCAUAUUGCCAUCUGCAACAGCAACAACAGGCUAUAAUUGAUCAGCUUUACAAGGCCACAGAGUUGGUCCAGAUAGGGGAUCCUAUACUUGCACAAGAGAUAUUGGCGCGGCUCAAUCACCAGGUCUCUCCCAUUGGCAAGCCUUUCCAAAGGGCUGCUUUCUAUUGCAAGGAGGCGUUGCAAUUGACUAUUCAUAAUAACAACAAUAUGGUCCCUUCUACCGCCUCUGCAUCACCUUUUAGUCUCAUUUUCAAAAUUGGCGCCUACAAAUCUUUCUCUGAGAUCUCACCCCUUGUACAAUUUGCCAAUUUUACUUGCAACCAAGCCCUCCUUGAAGUCGUGGGAGGAUUUGAUAGAAUUCAUGUUGUGGAUUUUGAUAUUGGUUAUGGUGGGCAAUGGGCCUCACUGAUGCAGGAGCUUGCAUUAAGGAGGGAGGGUGCACCGGCGCUUAAAAUCACUGCAUUUAUGUGUCCCUCAACCCACGAUCAGCUAGAGCUCAGCCUCACUCGGGAAAAUCUAAUUCAUUUUGCUAACGAAAUCAAUGUUGUACUUGAGUUUGAGGUUAUGAGUAUUGAAUCUUUGAAUUCUGGUUCUUGGUCUCUGCCUUUUCAAGUGUCGGAGAAUGAAGCUAUAGCAGUGAAUCUCCCAGUUGGUUCUCUUGCUAGUUAUCAGUUGUCAAUACCAUUGGUUCUUCGCUUUGUUAAGCAUCUGUCCCCAAAAAUUGUGGUUUCGGUGGACAGAGGAUGCGAUAGGAUUGACCUGCCAUUUCCCAACCAUAUAAUUCAUGCUCUUCAAUCCUAUUCGAACCUGCUUGAAUCUCUAGAUGCUGUCAAUCUGAAUAUUGAUGCUCUACAGAAGAUUGAAAGGUUGUUGCUCCAACCAGGAAUUGAGAAAAUAGUGAUGCGGCGUUUUCGUGCUCCUGAAAAGACGCAGCAUUGGAGGACUUUGUUUUUGUCAUCCGGAUUCUCCCCCGUGACAUUUAGCAACUUCACAGAAUCACAAGCUGAUUGUGUGGUGAAGAGGACACCUGUUCAGGGAUUCAACAUAGAGAAAAGGCAGUCUUCGCUUGUUCUUUGCUGGCAACGGAAGGAUCUGAUUUCUGCAUCGGCUUGGAGAUGUUAAAACCUUUAGUGGAUUUCUCAAUUCAGACUUAUUGCUAAGGUAGUAAGGUGCCUUGGAAAUCACAGCUCGCCGUUUUAAUUCCUUGAACAUUUUGAGAUUUCUUGCCUGGAAUUCUCCUUUCCUAUUAUCUAUGUGGCUUAGGCAGAUUGCUUCUAACUUUAAAUGAACCAGCAUUAAAGUACUGGAGGUUCUAAUAUGGUUCAGUUAUUUCAAUUCUUGCUUCGAACGGGGUGUUACCAUAUGAUGCUCUCUUGCUUUUAUGGUAAAACAUAUCGAUUGAUUCUAACUCAGUAAUUCUGUUUGUAACUAUUACACCAGACACUGACCAAGAACAUGAAAAACAGAAGAAUUAACUCUUUAACCGAAUCAUCUUGGCUUUGUGAUUUGAUAGCAUAGAUUAUCUAGAUUGCAUGGAAUUAUGAACUAUGAUAUCGUAAUAGGGGAUCUUGAAUCUUGAUUAUUGAUA